AUGCCUCGUCCAACUGAUCGUUCUGAAAUCCUUGCGCGACUUCGAAAAGUCAUCUCAGAUGGCGGUAUCAUUGUUGGAGCGGGAGCGGGCAUUGGGCUUUCAGCCAAAUCGGUGGAGCAGGGUGGGAGUGAUUUGAUCAUUAUUUACAACUCGGGAAGAUUUCGAAUGGCUGGUAGAGGGUCAUUGGCGGGUUUGAUGCCCUACAGCGAUGCGAAUGCGGUUGUGGUGGACAUGGCGAAGGAGAUUCUACCCAUUGUCAAACACACUCCUGUACUGGCUGGUGUGUGCGGAACAGACCCUUUCAGAGACAUGCCUGAGUUUUUAGGCCAAUUGAAAGAGCUCGGAUUUUCGGGCAUUCAAAAUUUUCCUACAGUGGGCUUGAUAGAUGGCAAGUUUCGACAAAAUCUCGAAGAGACGGGAAUGGGUUACGAUAAGGAGGUUGAAAUGGUUCGGAUUGCACGCGAAAUGGAUAUCCUUACUACACCCUACGUUUUUAACGUGGACGAAGCACAACGUAUGGUUCGUGCCGGUGCUGAUGUCCUCGUCGCACACGUUGGCUUGACCACCUCUGGGAGUAUCGGAGCCGAGACAGCCUUGUCAUUAGACGAUGCCGUCAAGAUUGUUCAAGACAUUCGCGACGCAGCUGUUAAAGUUAACCCGGAUAUUAUUGUGCUUUGUCAUGGCGGCCCUAUUGCAGAGCCAAAGGAUGCCGAGUAUGUUCUCAACCGCACUAAAGGUGUCCAUGGGUUUUUCGGGGCGAGCAGUAUGGAGCGACUGCCAGUGGAAAUCGCCAUCAAGGAGAAUGCUCAGGCAUUCAAAAACCUCAAGAUUGAGCGGAAAUAA